AUGAUUUCUACACUUGCUCUGCUCUCUCUGACGCCUGUCGUAUUCGCAUCUCCGGCUCGUCGAUGCACAGGUACCAUAUCCUCUCUCGACGACGUUUCUUCCGCCGUUGAGUGCACCACAAUCAACAUCAAUUCUUUCACUGUACCCGCUGGCGAGACUUUUAGUAUCAGCGCACCUACAGGGGCCACCAUUAACGUCCUAGGGAAUGUGACGUUCGGAUAUGCCGUAUGGUCAGGCCCUUUCUUUGAGCUAAGCGGGACAGAUAUUACGUUCAAUGGCAAUGGCUAUACCUUCAACGGCCAAGGUGAACAAUACUGGGACGGCCUCGGAAGCAGUGGGUCCACAAAACCCCACCCAAUGAUGAAGAUCAAAUCAUCCGGCACCUUUACCAAUCUCAUCGUCAAGAAUUCUCCGCAGCAAUGCUUCAGUUUUGGAAAUGACGCUGCCCUGACUGUCUCCAAAGUGACCGUAGAUAACUCGGACGGUAAUAGCCCAAAUAGCUUGAGUGAUGGAAAGCCCGCAGGACAUAACACUGAUGGCUUCGACGUCUCGGUCUCGGAUUUAACUAUUGAGGAUAGCACCGUCAUUAAUCAAGAUGAUUGCCUUGCGAUCAACAAAGGUUCCAAUAUUGUCUUCCAGCGCAAUUCAUGCAGCAACGGGCACGGGAUCUCUAUUGGGUCGAUUACCUCAGAUGUCACUGUCAGUAAUGUCCAGAUAUUGGACAAUACUGUGACAAGCAACGCACAAGGAUUCCGCAUCAAGACCGACGCUUCGGCAACUGGAUCCAUGGUGUCAGGCAUCUACUAUUCCGGUAACACCGCGACGGGAUGUACAAGCUACGGUGUAAUUGUUGAUCAGAGCUACCCUUCAACUUUGGGAACUCCUGGAACUGGCGUUAUCAUUUCGAACGUAACUUUUGCGGGCACCAACACUGUUUCCGUGGCAAGUGGUGCCGAUGAGGUCGAGGUGAACUGCGGCUCUGGUUCUUGCACUGGUACCUGGAACUGGUCGGGUCUGAAAGUCUCCGGAGGAUCGGCUGGGUCGAGCGAUUACAGUGGGAUCACCGGGUUCUCAGUGUGA